GGCGGCAGCGGCGGCUGCGGAGAUGCGGGCGCGGCCGCUGGGGGCGGCGGCGCUGGGCGCGCUAGUUCUGGGCGCGCUGGCGGCCGCGGGCGCGGGCCCCAACAUCUGUGCCACCCGGGGCGUGAGCUCCUGCCAACAGUGUCUGGCUGUGAGUCCCAUGUGCGCUUGGUGCUCGGAUGAGGCCUUGCCUCCGGGCUCACCCCGCUGUAACCUGAAGGCGAAUCUGCUGAAGGAUAAGUGUGCCCCGGAGUCCAUCGAGUUCCCCAUCAGCGAGGCCCGCAUCCUGGAGGCCAGGCCCCUCAGCGACAAGGCCUCCGGAGACAGCUCCCAGGUCACUCAAGUCAGUCCGCAGAGGAUCGCUCUCCGACUCCGGCCAGAUGAUUCCAAGAGUUUCUCCGUCCACGUUCGGCAGGUGGAAGAUUACCCUGUGGACAUCUACUACUUGAUGGACCUGUCGUACUCCAUGAAGGAUGAUCUGGGGAGCAUACAGAACUUGGGGACCAAGCUGGCUUCCCAGAUGCGCAAACUCACAAGUAAUCUGCGGAUUGGCUUUGGGGCCUUUGUGGACAAACCUGUGUCACCAUACAUGUACAUCUCCCCACCAGAGGCCCUCAGAAAUCCUUGCUAUGACAUGAAGACCACCUGCUUGCCCAUGUUCGGCUACAAACAUGUGCUGACGCUCACUGACCAGGUGACCCGCUUCAACGAGGAGGUGAGGAAGCAGAGUGUGUCACGGAACCGAGAUGCCCCUGAGGGGGGCUUUGAUGCCAUCAUGCAGGCCACAGUGUGUGAUGACAAGGUUGGCUGGAGGAACGAUGCUUCCCACUUGCUGGUGUUCACCACAGAUGCCAAGACUCACAUCGCCCUGGAUGGGAGACUGGCCGGCAUUGUCCAGCCCAAUGAUGGACAGUGCCACGUUGGCAGAGACAACCAUUACUCUGCCUCCACGACCAUGGAUUAUCCGUCUCUGGGGCUAAUGACAGAGAAACUAUCCCAGAAAAACAUCAAUCUGAUAUUUGCUGUGACUGAAAACGUAGUCAAACUCUACCAGAACUACAGCGAGCUCAUCCCGGGGACCACGGUGGGGGUGCUGUCUGCUGAUUCCAGCAAUGUGCUCCAGCUCAUCGUCGAUGCUUACGGGAAAAUCCGCUCUAAAGUGGAGCUGGAAGUGCGUGAUCUCCCCGAGGAGCUGUCUCUGUCCUUCAAUGCCACCUGCCUCAACAACGAGGUCAUUCCCGGCCUCAAGUCUUGCGUUGGACUCAAGAUCGGAGACACGGUGAGUUUCAGCAUCGAGGCCAAGGUGCGCGGCUGCCCCCAGGAGAAGGAGAAGUCCUUCACCAUCAAACCCGUGGGCUUCAAGGAUAGUCUCACCGUCCAGGUCACAUUUGACUGUGACUGUGCCUGCCAGGCCCAGGCAGAACCUUCCAGCCAGCGCUGCAACAACGGCAAUGGGACCUUUGAGUGUGGGAUGUGCCGCUGUGCACCCGGCUGGCUGGGGUCCCAGUGUGAGUGCUCCGAGGAGGACUAUCGUCCUUCCCAGCAGGAUGAGUGCAGCCCCCGUGAGGGCCAGCCUGCCUGCAGCCAGCGGGGUGAAUGCCUCUGUGGCCAGUGCGUCUGCCACAGCAGUGACUUUGGCAAGAUCACAGGCAAGUACUGCGAGUGUGAUGACUUCUCCUGUGUCCGCUACAAGGGAGAGAUGUGCUCAGGCCAUGGCCAGUGCAGCUGUGGGGACUGCCUGUGUGACUCGGACUGGACAGGCUACUACUGCAACUGCACCACGCGCACCGACACCUGCAUGUCAAGCCACGGGCUGCUGUGCAGUGGCCGCGGCAAGUGCGAGUGUGGCAGCUGCGUGUGCAUCCAGCCGGGCUCCUACGGGGACACCUGUGAGAAGUGUCCCACCUGCCCGGACGCCUGCACCUUCAAGAAGGAGUGUGUGGAGUGUAAGAAGUUUGACCGAGGAGUCCUGCAUGAGGAAAACACCUGCAGCCGUUACUGUCGUGAUGAGAUCGAGCCUGUGAAAGAGCUCAGGGACACUGGCAAGAAUGCCGUGAAUUGUACCUACAAGAACGAGGAUGACUGUGUUGUCAGAUUCCAGUAUUAUGAAGAUUCCAGUGGAAAGUCCGUCCUGUAUGUGGUGGAAGAGCCAGAGUGUCCCAAAGGCCCCGACAUCCUGGUGGUCCUCCUGUCAGUGAUGGGCGCCAUUUUGCUCAUUGGCCUUGCGGCUCUGCUCAUCUGGAAGCUCCUCAUCACCAUCCAUGACCGGAAGGAGUUUGCUAAAUUUGAAGAAGAGCGAGCUAGAGCAAAAUGGGAUACAGCUAACAACCCACUGUACAAACAGGCCACAUCGACCUUCACAAACAUCACCUACCGGGGUGCUUAAUGGCAAGCAUUCAUCUUCAGACAUACCAUAGGGCCCAGGAUUGUGGAAGUCGCUGCUCUCAUGUUUACAGGGGAUGAUAUCUGGGGGGUGGGACUGGGGACUUGGGCUGGAGUAGGCUGAAUGAAUGUCAGCAUGUGGAAGUUUUGGUUUCUGUGCGCGCGCGCGCGUGUGUGUGUGUGUGUGUGUGUGUGUGUGAGAGAGAGAGAGAGAGAGAGAGAGAGUGCUGCAUGUGAGAGAGUGUGUAAUUUAAACUUGUGAUGUGUCCCGGAUAAACAGGGCUCCUCAGCCUUUGUCCUCAGAACACCUUCUUCAGGGAUUCUUCCUGUUGAACCUGAGGGUCACCUGUGCAGCUGAGCAGGUGGUCCCUGUUACCUCAGCGAAACGUCAGCUUUCCUUCUUGGGUCACGCUCUCUGAACAGAAGGGCGGGUCUGAGGCCUCUCAUGCCCAAGGAAGGGAUUCCAAGCCUGGACUCUCCUCUCAGUUUAAGGCUCUUGGGCCUGACUCUCAGCCGCUCUGGUAGAAACUAUGGUGCCGCCUUGUGUCAUCUGGACCUCCCACUCCUUUCCUUUCCCUCAUAUCGAAAAGGAAGUUGGAGCUGGGCCACCUGUACGCCUUCUGGUGCAUCAUGGUUCUCUCAUCAGGGGAGACCCAAGUUCUUGGUCUGUUGGGAGUGAGGAAUUCAGAACCACCUGGGGGCUGUACAUUGCCUGGGACAUUGUACUAGGAUCCCUCAGUAAAGAAAGCCCUUCAGAUUUGCCCCCACUGUGCAACUCUGGAGGUUUGUUUAGAAGAAGUGUAUCACCUCAAGACCAGCACCACCUCCUUACCUCCUGUUUUCAGGCCCUCACUGCUGUGGAUAUUUGCUACACACUGGGAAUUUCUCUCACGAUCUUAAUGAUGCUUUUCCUCCCAAAGAGAGCACUCUGGGUGGAGGCAGGAGCUGGUCCUGCCCUUCAGGCAUUCUGCCUCUUGUCCAAGGCACUCCCCACAGACAACCCUGUUUCUAUGUGCUGUAUUCAUCCAUGGGGCUAUUUAUCUACCUCUUGGGUAUCUUGUGAAGGAAUCAUUCCCAUGGGUCUCUGAAUCUUCUGGGCCUAAGUACCAGGUAGAAUAAUGGACCAGCCAUAUCAGCAUGGAUGAGUGUCUCUGAUGAAUGGGGCAAACUCAUUUUCACUCAGUCUUUAAUCUGAGAGGCCACAAGUGAAAUUUUACUUCCUUUUUCUCACUGGGUUAUCUCACUGGAUUUAUGAUGAGGCUUGCCUAAUCUAAAGGAAUAUGGACAUUCUGUUUGGAAUUUAUUGGAUAAUGAGGAAGGAGAAUAUAAAAAGUCAUGCAGAGUUAUUCUGAUGAAGGUACUUCCACUUGACAUCUUUUAUAGUAGGUUACUGCCCUGUUCUGGGUUUGUAAGGGUUUUCAUGUCCAAAAUGAUGAUGGGGUGAAUAUAUGGACAGCAUUGACCUUCUCUGAGGUAGAGGAAAUAACUAUUCUUUUAGUUUUUUUCCUGUGCUAUGGAUCAAACCUAGGCACUCACACAUGUGAGGCAUGAGUUCCACCAUUGGACCGCAUCCCUGGCCUACUGUUCUUCAUUUGCUAGCAAGAACAGUUGCCUUGUUGGCAUUUACAUUUGUCCAACAUUAACACCCCUAUCCCCCACUUUCCCACCAAGAAAGAAGGAAGAAUCUCCAAACUGUUUGAUGAUCAGGGAUUAUAAAUACUGGGCCCAGGAUUGCAGCCAAAAAAAAACAUUUGACUUUAGGCAAGUCACUUUCUUCUCCCCAGGAUCCAGUUUCCUGGUCUAAUAAAGGAUAGGUUUGGUUAUACCCACCUAGGAGGUCCUUUUUAGUAUCAAUAUCCUGAGAUGCUCAGAGCUGCUGCAGCAGAUCAGCCAUGCAGUCAGCAUUUUAUGGAAUGUUGAAAACAGUGUUUAGUUGGGAGAUCAGGAGACAUGGCAUUGGCAAGAGCAGAUGUUAUUCAAUGUCAUCUUUCUCAGUAAAAUGACCUCAGUUGGGUGGAAGCAAUAGUACAUACAGCAGGUAGGGCACCUGCCUUGCAGGUGAGUUUGAUCCUUGAUGGUCCCCUGAACACCGUCAGGACUAAUCCCUGAGUGCAGAGCCAGGAGUAAACCCCGAGCACCAUAAUGCAUGGCCUAAAAACCAAAAAAGGGGGGGAAAUGCUUCAUUGUUGCCUUUCUCAGAAUCCCUUCUCUAACUUUCAUCUCUGGAUGUGACACUUAAGCUUCACUUUGUUGUUAUUGUUUCGUUCACUUUGCACACAUUUCACUCAUAUAUUAAGGAAAAGGCAUACAUAAGUAGCUAACAUGUAUGUCCUGUGUCCAUGUGUUCACAUUGCAAAUAAACCUUGGAAUUAGAAAUGGGCCAGGUGACUGAGAAUCUCACUCAUGAAUUGUUCUCACUGUAGAAGUCAUCCUGGGUAGAUAGUGGUAGGAGGGAUGAACUUGAAUCCAAGAAACUUGGAACCUAAUUAUGACUUUCAGCUACUGAGACAAGUGUUAGAGGAGCAGUUAGACAUUUUAAAGAUAUGAUUCCAUGAAGAAAUACCAUCAAAGAAGGGAGAACCCAUUUUCGAAGGAUGGCGGUAUCAGUAGGAAUCUCAUCUGACCAGCUAGAUGAAGUUCAUGGCCUUGAAAACCAGUACACUGUCUAUAUUUGGAGAGAAAAUGUAGCAGCAUAAGAAAGUAAAUAACGGUCAAUUUGGGAAUCAUGUAGGCUGAACAUCUAAAUAGUGUUUUGGCAUCAGACAACACAGCCCAAAGAGAUUAUUUGACCCCAGCUUUUUGGGAAAUAAAUUGUGUUCAUUCUCAGGAUCUGUGGACAAUUAUAGGAAACUUUAGAACGUACCUGACAGGUAGUAAUAUAUGGAGUUGGUUCUUAAACUCUUAGACAUUUCUAGACCAUCUGUUAUUUCAAGAUAUUUCCCUUUGUAAAGUAUUCCUGGUUGAAAUGACUUAAGUGACUUCCUAACCACCUCCCUGUUUGAGUUGUGCAACAGUGAAUUAAAUGUGCUUUUCCAAAAAGAA